ACUACGCCACGCUUCAUUCUUUUCAUUUCGUUUUCUAAUAAUAGAAAGUUUCACACUUUUGACACCGUCGCUGCCGUGUCGCCCUUAACCCGCCAUUCCACUUAAAUAAAGCUUCGUUUAGCGCUACCUACCCAGCGAACGGCCGCAAGAGAACGCCAUGAUAACACGUUUGUACAACACCGAGGAGGACCAAGCCCUUUGUUCGUUAAUUUGGGGCAGAAACUUGAGUGCGUCGAAUGCGAACGAACAAAUCGAUGAGGAUGGUGAGACGACGCUUGUUGGCAACGUUGUUGGCGCCACACCAACACUAUACAGUGCACACAGCAGUUAUGGUGUAGGUGCCGGUGGCGGCUCUAGCAGCGGCGGCGCAGAGUCAGACAUACUUAUUGGCAGCGCUGCUGUGAACGAUGCUGGUGGCAGUAGUUUACGUGACGAUUUUUUCAUUGCCAACGACUUCCCUGAGGAUCCACGCACGGAGGCUUUACGUGAGUACUCCUACGGCAUCAUUUUACCAAUAAUCUGCUCGCUUGGCAUCAUUGGCAACGUCCUUAAUCUGGUUGUACUGACGCGAAGAAAUAUGCGCGGAACGGCUUACAUUUACAUGAGAGCCUAUUCUACUGCCGCGCUGUUAGCUAUCGUAUUCGCCAUACCCUUCGGUAUGCGCAUGCUGGUGCAUAAAGAUCGCGGACGUUGGGAAGAAUUUGGACCCGCCUUUUAUACAGCGCAUUUGGAGCUUUUUCUCGGUAACGGUUGUUUAGGUGUGGGUGUUAUGAUGUUGCUGGUGCUGACCAUCGAAAGAUAUGUCUCCGUGUGUCAUCCAGGGUUUUCACGUCCCGUCAUGGGACCACCUGGCAUUGUUGUGUUCCUAACCACACUCGUCACUUUCAUCAUUUACACGCCAAGCGUGUUUCGUGGUGUCCUAGUCAAAUGUAUAUUACACUCUGAUGGCAACUAUGUUUACUUUCGACGUGAUAAUAAUGAAUUCCUAAAGACGCUUUUUUACUCGGUCUACAAAGUAAUGCUCGAGGUGAUAUUCAAACUAAUACCGACUGUAUUAAUCGCGGGUUUAAAUAUGCGCAUUAUGUUGGUGUAUCGAAAGACUUGUCAACGACGGCGUGAGAUGUUGAUUUCGCGCUCGAAUUGUGUGCGCGAUGAGGAUCCAAGAAAAUUCGCUGAAGAACGGAGGUUAUUCUUGUUGCUAGGUAGUACAUCAAUAUUGUUCCUUGUUUGUGUGUCUCCUAUGGCUAUUGUUCAUAUGACGAUUGCUUCCGAAGUAUUGCCGAACUUUUCAUUUCAGGUGUUUCGAGCAUUGGCCAAUUUAAUGGAACUCACAAAUUAUUCUAUAACAUUCUAUAUAUAUUGCUUAUUCAGCGAGGAUUUUCGAAAUACGCUGAUACGCACCAUCAAAUGGCCUUGGGUUAGAACGAAAUUGUGCCAUCAUGUCGAUGAGAUAUCAAAUGCACGAGCAACACCUUUAAUGCAUUUCAACAAAAUAGCAUUACGAAAUCACCAUAUAACGACGACAUCGGGCGUGUGUACCGGCAUGGGACGAUCAAGUAGCAUUUGAUUUGUUAUGCGCAUAACAUUGUAACAAAA